GUAGCUUUAUUAUUUAAUUUGUUAACUAGUUCCUAUUUCGCAUUUAACAUGUAAUUACAUGACUGACAGUGAUGCGAGAUUACCAAGAGAUUUUGAAAAUAAAUUUAAGAGAAGAUUUCAUGUAAUUUAGAAAUUUAUUAUAUAUUUGUUGUUAGUUUUAUUGAUGUGACGGUAAUAAUGAAAAAAAAAAGAAUUAAAAUAAGUAUGCAACCUCCCCCUACGCGCACACGCAUUAAAUAUUCUUUUUGUUACAGAAAUGCCACUAUAUUAUAAAAAUCUAAUAAUUAUUUCUAGCUAUAAGACGCAAUGUUAAAUUCUCGAGAACCGACUCUUUAUAAGUAUAAGGAGGCAAUACAUAAACUAACAACCAAGCAAAGUAAAAAAUUAAAAUGUGAAAACAUCUCUUUUUACUCGCUCUUUAAUUACCGGUACCCCUUUGGUAGUCGCAAAAAUUUGAUCAGAGUUGGCGAUCUAAUAGUACCUUGUCGGUGUCAAUAUGUAAGAUCUACGCAGGAUUAAUUUGUGAUUUUUUAUAAUUAGAAGAGAUUUUUAUGGCAUCGUUUGUUAGUAUUUCACCUCCCAGCUAUCUCAAACGCAUUCUUUUUUCUCUUUUCAGUAAAUUAUAAAUUAUCUUUUGCUUUACCCAAUAAACUUAUAAAAUGAUUAGUAGAACUUUUUAGCUAACAAAAAAUUAGAAUUAGCUAACAAAGAAUUAAGAAAGAAUUGCGUUAAUAUUUACUGAGUUAUUUAAAAAAAAAGUAGUAUUCCAUCACCCUCUUUAUUUCUUUAUAUUUUUCGUAGUUUCUGAUUAGUUGAACAUUUCUAUCACUAGUCUUAUUACUAUGCCCUUGCAUUGUGCAAGGACCUCAAUAUUAGAAGCCUUCAUAUAGCACUUUCGAAUGCAGUGGAUUUUGACCCAAUCCGAGUGAGGUUAAUGACGUCACAUGGUCUAUUUUAGUUCUGACUGGAUAAUUCCAGCAUAUGGUGUAUUAACUUGACUCGAGUUAGGUCUCACUUUAAAACUCAGUGCACUCGAAAGCCAUUAUAUCAUUGAACAACAUAUUUCGCGCCAGGUUGAUAUAAACCAUGUGAACGACGAUAUUGGACACAAUAGUUGAAUAAGCGUCCUCUAUUAUUGGCGUAUUCUUCCAGGUCAUCCAAUCAAACCUUUAGAUUUAGAAGAAUAUACCAAUAACAACCAGCGCUUACUCAACUGUUGAGUCUGCUAAAUACGUCCAUUAACAGCGAGCGAUUAGAACUGUUGAGUCCGCUGUGAAUGUGUGCUCAUUUUGAUAUCAUUUUAUCGAAGCGUUUGUCUAUAUUUGUCUGUCGUGAAUAGAAGCAUAGAGGUAUCACAAGUCAUAAGUGUUUGGCUGGUCACGUACGAAAGAAGAAAAUCUUUAACGAGAUUUGUAUGUACGAGAGAGAUUAAAUUACUAGGUACGUUUUUUCUUCUUUGGCGAGGAGAGGAAGACACGUUUAUUCUAAUUAAAAAAAACGCCGAGUAUAAUAAUAAAAGAGAGUAUAAUAAUAAAAGAUUGUAUUUUGUCACGAAGUAAUCUUUUCAUUGGGAGAAAAAAUAGAUAAUAGAAUCGUUACGAUGAAAUUUUCAGGUUAAAAAAAUCUGUGUGACUGGCUUCAGUCUUUAUUCAUUGUCUCUAUGCAGAUCAUUAAAUCAAAGAAUUAAAUAACAUCCCAAAACAUGUCGAGACAAGAAAUCGAGAUGAUUAACACACAGGCAAAACUCUACAGGAAAAAAUAUAAAGAAUGGAAGAACAACAGCAAUUAUUUGACCAAGUUGCUAUCAAAAGAAAAACAAAACAAUCAGGCAUUACUCAAACAAAACAUGGAGCUAAUGGAACAAAAUCAAUACUUAAAACUAGUAUGCAACAAACGAAAUAUUGUAAUUUCUAGUGUACUGAAUAACGCAAAAAAAGUACAGAAAAUGUUAGGCACAAUAACUGGAUAUGUAACAAAUAUUUCCAUGUGCCAAAAGGAGCUUAAUGCUUCCAAUGCUGUGAACCUGUCAUCUACUUCAAUCGAGAAUAAAUCGCCCAACAGAAUAUCGACAAAAUUACCAGCCAAAAAUGUAGUGAAACCUAUGGUGAAUGAGCACACUAAACCUAUGAUUAAUUUAACUCAGGUUAACAUAGAAAAUAUUAAUAAUGUAUCAAAACCAUCAAAACUGAGUGAUAUAAAACAAGAAAUAACUACACCUACUAGAAGUCCAAAAAUUAACGAGACUAGAUCACCAAUUACUUCCUUAUUCUCUACACCUCUAAAUAAUGAAAAUGAUGAUACACUUACAGUGAUGAACAAACAAACAUUAAAAAGAAAAGGGGAAAAUACUCAUCAAAAACAAUUGUCAGUAUCUGACAAUGCUGAAACUCCAUCAAGUGCGAAGCAUGUCAAAGUGGUACAAUACAACAAGAUAAUUAAUGUCGCAAAGGAGGAGAGUGAUAAUAACGUACCUCAUGAUCUGUCAGACAAAAUAAAGGUGAAAUCGCAGUCUGAUAACAAGGAGAAUAAAACGCACGCAGACGCAUCGAAAAAAGAUAACGUAGAUAUAAAUAAUAAAGUCUCUAAUAAAGAUUUUAGUUGGAAUGCAAGUAUGACGAAAAAAUCGAAGCUGUUGCAAAAUAAUACCCAAAAGGAGGAAAAAGGUUCACAGGAAGACCCAAAGUCGCUGCUCAACAAUAUCGUGCCAUCGCAGGAUGAGCUAGAAAAACUCGACUCUAACGUUAUGAAAAGCAACAAAGAGAUAUCGAAAGCUACAGAUACUCUAUCGUCGGAGAAAGACGCAGCAUCCAUUGCGGAUGGUUACGAAUCUAAUUCUUAUCACAAAGCGGAGAUUAGUAUUGGCGAUCAACUUCCGGCAGCGACUGCAUCCAAUUAUAAAAGAAGUUUAGAUGGCGAAGAUGUCGCUGUUAAGAAAAAAAAUGAAAAAAAUCGUACUCAGAGUCUGCCAGCAACAUUGAUAACUUCAUCACCCCAAGAUAACGCGACGGACAAACAAGAAUUAAAAAGAAAGAGGAUACGCUGCUUUUCAAGACGGUUGUCAUUAUCUUUAUUGCCAUUGCGAAAGAGACUGCGUGAAACUUCGUCAAGUGUAGAACAUAUUGAAGUAAUUGACAUUGAAAAUGAUGAUGACACACCUCACGAGCUAUCAGAGAGAAUAAAUGCGGAAUCGCAGUCUGUUAAUGAAGAGAAUAAAAUGCACGCAGAAAGGGAGGAAAAAGGUCCACAGGAAGGCCCAAAGCUGUUCAACAAAACUACGCCAUCACAGGAAUAUACUGAAGAAAGCCCAAAGUCGUUCAACAAGACUAUGCCAUCACAGAAUAAUGAGCCAGAGAAACUAGAAUCUAACGUUAUCAAAGGUAACAAAGAAAUAUCGAAAGCUACUGAUAUGCCACUGUCAAAACAAAAUGCGGCGCCCAUUGCCGAUGGUUCUGGUUCUGACUCUAACUCUUCUUGUCACAAAGCGGACAUUAAUAUUGGCAAGCUACUUUCGAUAGCGAUCGCGGCCAAUCGUGAAAGGAGUUCAAAUAGCGAAGAUUCCGUUAUUCAAAUCGAAAGUGACACCGAGUUAAUGAUACCGAAGGAUACGAACAUUAAUGUGCCGAAUCAAAGCUCGAACGAAUCUGACUACUGUAAUACCAUGGUAAAACUGCCGUUAAAUUUAUUUAAUGAGUUCAAGAGAACGUCGAUACCGUAUAAGGCAAAGCAUUCUAGUGAAAGCGUUAAGGAAUUGAAUACGAAAGUGCAAGUGAGUUUCGCGGGAAAUUCUUCGACAAUUAGUGCAGUCGAACCGAGAAAUACUCAAGAAAACAAUCGAGACUUAAGCGUGGUGAAAGUUGAAUCGAAGGAGCUUGAUGAGUCACAUGUUAAGCCAAGAACGUCAUCCAACGAUACUUCUACUAAUAAUCUCACUUUUAUUAAGGAUGGAGAGGAUGAAGAAAAGAUAAUAAGUAGGAGAUUGACAGUAAAACAAAGUAAGAAUCAUAAGUAUAAAUACACACACGCACGCUCCCGGACACUCAAACACAUUGUUUAAAUAUUAUUCUUUUUGUUAUAGUAAAGCAGUUAUUGUAAGAAGCUACUAAGUGCUUCUAGCUAAGUGCUUCACAUCAUAUUCUCUAAAACCGUUUGUUCAUGUAAGCAUAAGAAUACAAUACAUACACUAAUACUCUAAUAUGCCUAAUUAAUUAAACUUUCUUUAUACAUGUAAUCCAAUAAAAUUUUAAGUGUCAUGAAAGGU